UCUAAGUGAAGAUUUACGUGUGAGGCUUUGUGAAACUUUGAUCUUAUCAAAAUUUAAUUAUGCAGAUGCACUAUAUGGGACAAGAUUAUUGGCAAGAACCGAACGCGUAAUUAGGAGAGUCCAUAAUGCUUGUGCGCGUUUUUGCUAUUGUAUCCCUCGAAGAGCGCAUAUCUCUCCAUUUCUUAACAAAUCCAACUCGCUAUUUAUGACUUUCAGGAGAGAACUACAUUUUAGCGUACUUUUGUUCGGUGUUGUUAAGAACGGUAAACCUGCGUACUUGCAUCAUAAACUUGACUGGGCCAAAAAUGAUUAUAAUACUAGGUUCGCUAAUUCCGGAAGCAUUAAGUUAUCGCAACAUUUCUCUUCGUCAUUUCGUGGUAGUUUCCGUUAUGCUGCUUCAAAGUGCUGGAAUAAUUUACCUCCCCCUUUACGAAAUCUUUCUUCAGUGCCAUGUUUUAAAAAACGUCUGAGGUUUUUGUUGCUCCAGCAUCAGAAGCAAUUACCGAUAGGAGUUCGGCCCGUCCGCGUCGCCACAUAUUUGAGACAUUGAUCAUUUUAAGGUAUUUUAUUGUGUAUUUAUAUAAUAUCUAACACUCUCCCACUGUUCGCAAAAUAAAAUUAACCUCUUGAUCGCCGCUAGCCCCGAUCGGGGCGCGCUAUGACGUAAUACGCCAUUCUGUUCAAUACCGAAAGCCCCGAUCGGGGCGCGCUUCCUCAUCGACUUUAACCCAAAAUAUAAUAUAUUUAGAGUCUACUUUUGUUUGAACAAGUUUAGUCAUAGACAAACAUUGAUAAAUAUGCCAUCGAGUCAAACGAAGAAAUACAGUGAACUAUGGACGCUUCUAUAUUUUUUAUCUACGUUUAGAGGCCUCUUUGUUUGAAGUGUCAUUGUGCAACUCGUGCGUGUUUAUUCGAUUUUUGUAAGGUAAGUACUAUAAAAUAUCGGAUAACUGUUACUAAACUGUGUUAUUGUGCAUAUAUUGAAGCUCUGUAGAUAAUUGGUUAUAAAAAAUACAUUGUAAUAUCAGUGAUUUUCAAGUUCAAAAGUGACUACCUAUAGUCGCAUAUUUCCGGAGAAUUCAUUGCGAUUUAGAAUGUCGCGGUCGUGGAACGUAAACAGCGAAGCCCCAGCCGAUUUUUUAAACUUACUCUAUGCUGAUGAAGAGGAGGAGUAUCUGAGUGACGUGGGCAAUAGUGACGUGGAGGAUGACGAUGAAAGGAGCCCGCCGCAGUCGCCAGAUGCUCCUCCUUAUUCGCCACUUACCUCGCCAGAAGGGAGCGACAGAGCGAGGUCGAGGUCCCCAAUUUGGCAUCAGCCAUCUGAAUCAGCACCAAGAGUGAUCGCAAUUUUUGCUGAAGACGGCACGCCAUUGGAGGCCGAGCAUAUUGAAGAGAGAGAAGAGGACACCACAUUUUUAGCCACUGACGCCCACACUAUUUUUGUUUACCCGAGAGAAAGAGGAAGGAGUGAACGAAGGAGUGGACGAAGGGGUGGACGCCGAGGCGAUCGGGGUGGACGAGUAAGGAAUGUACGUAGGCGUGGGCAAGGCCGUAGGGGUCCUCAGUGGGAGGUGGGACACCCAUUGAAUGAGAUUUGGGUGACAGAUGACGAUGUGCCUGAUGAAUUGAGGAAUAUGGUGAUGGAUGUGAUAAAUAGAAGGAUUGCAUCCUUCUAUUUAUCAUAUAAUAUAUAUAUAUAUCCUUCUAUAAUACUGAAUCAUUGCAUCUGUACAGUCACGUGGUCUUCUCUGAAAAUCAGUGCAGCAAUACAUUUUAAAUAA